AUCUUCACUCAUCAAACACUUGCAUACAAGCUUUACUCCACCAUUUCCAUACACUACAAAUCAAUCAAGAUGAAGCUUCAACAAUCUGCCCUCUCAUUCUCCCUUCUCGUCCUCUUCCUAUGCUGCACCAAGACCUUUUCCCUGUCCCCAGCGGCAGCUCCAGUACAAGCACCAACUGUGGCGCCAGUGCAGCCACCCCCUCCACCAGCAGUACAGGUACCAGUUCUGCCUGGCCCCAUCAACGUGGUUAAUAUCUUGGAAAGGGCAGGCCACUACUCACUCUUUGUCCGACUACUGAAAGCCACCCAGUCGGACACAGAGUUGACGGUGGAGCUUAACCACACCCAUAAUGGCAUAACCAUCUUUGCACCUACUGACGGUGCAUUUUCAGGGCUCAAAGUAGGUACUCUCAACUCGUUAAGCGAUGGAGAUAAAGUCAAGUUGGUGAAGUUUCAUAUAUCUCCUAUAUACAUAUCACCUUCACAGUUCCAGACGGUGAGUAAUCCUUUAAAGACUCAGGCAGGAAAGGGCGGCCGGAUGUCGCUAAAUGUGACCACCACCGGUAGUAUUGUGAAUAUAACUACUGGGGUUAUCAAUACAACCAUUUCAAGCACUGUAUACAACGACAACCAGCUUGCUAUUUAUCAGAUUGAUCAGGUGUUGCUUCCUAUGGAGGUUUUCUCUCCUAACUUACCUCCUCCUGCUCCCGCUCCAGCUCCAUUGUUGGCGGUGGCACCGCCGCCGGAGAAGCCUAAGAAGGCUCCGAUUGUAGAGAGUCCUGCAGUUCCUAUUGAUGAUGUUUCUGGGGUAGUGAGUUGUGAUGUGCACAAAAUUGAGGUGAUCCUUGCUAUGGGGAUAGCUGCUGCAAUGCUUUGCUUAUAAGAUGGGUUAAUUAAUUUAUGUGGGUUGGGGUCCCUUUAUGAUUUUUCUUGAGAUAUUUUAUUCUAUGUGUUGAUGAGUGCUCAUGAUGAAUAAUAGAACUGCCAUUUUUCGC